AUGAGAAGACUUACAGCAAAGGGAAGGACUGCGCUGCUUGGAGCCAGGGGCUGGCCUGGGGGAGGGAUGGGAUGGGCCGCUGGCCCGAAGAUCGGGUGCGGUGGCAGGGCUGGGGGGGGUGGAGGUGCGGUCGUGGGCGGCGGCGCCCCUGCUCCACCAGCCGGCAAAAAGCGACCGGAGGAGUCGCGGGGACGCCCACGAGAAGCUCGGCGGCGGCCAGACAUUGUUUGCGAAGAUGAAUGA